CAUGUCGGACCAGUAGAUACUCAGAUUUUCAACUUUUUACUGACCAGUCUAAACUUAAAGUUUAUUGGUCCCCCAAAAUUGAUAAAAACAUUACAAAUUAUUAUGCUGUCGUUUAUUGAUGUUAUCCCCCCAAAUACAAAUAAACAGUACACACUCACAACAUAAUUCAUGAGAGCAAUUUUUCAAUUUUGGAGAGCCAUUUUUAUAAUUUACAAAAGAGGAGAAAAGAUCAUUUGUAUCAGUUUGAUAUAUUUUUACUGGUCAUGUGGGACCAGUAAAUCUGGGUAUUUCUGAAAAGGUACAGGCCCAACAGCAAUUUUUACUGGUCUGGGACCGUCAGACCAGUGCCAGUGUCGCGCGCUGGUUAGAGUUGAAAUUUAAAAAAAAACAUUGUCAAAUUAGAAUAGAUUGUAGUUUUGGGGGUUUUUUUUGCUUAUUUUUCUUACAACAGCACUGAAUUUAAGCAAAUCAGAUGGCUCAACAAACCAGUUGCGAUUGCUCGUAAUUGGACAGGUUUCUGUGGCCUUAAGACUUCAGGCAAAGUUACAGUCAGAAUUCUUUGAAUCACUUUUAUCCGUUAAAACCAGAGAACAAUAGAUUCAGUGGACCGAAUAUCUUGUUCUCUGGUUUUAACAGGUGCAUGUAAUAGUGAUUUAAAGAGUUGCACUGGUAGUGUACCUGUAACUAGUUUGAAUAUUAAUUUUUGGGGGACAAAUCUCUCUUUAGUCUUCCUUGACUCUCAUUGUUCGAUGCAAAUUACAGCGCAAGUGCUGUAGACAAAUCUCAACGCUUCGAAAUUUCAACUCGGGCCAUACAUGUUGGUGUAUAUUUGGUGUAUAUUUUGUGAUGAUUAUUUAUUUAUUUUGUCAAUUUUCAGAAAUAUAACAUGACAUUAUUUUGAAUGAUUUUUUUUUUUUUUUUACUUCAGAUGCUGAAUUUAAGCAAAUCAGACGGCACAGCAAACCGUUCGCGAUCCACCAACGCAGGCCAGUCAGCAACCCAGCCGCCACUUCAAAGCACCAUGCUGGGAGCACGGCAAAACAUGGAAUCUCUAACGUGUCUUAUUAGCGAGUCUGAACUAACCCUUCAUGAGAAGCUAGGCAAUGGAUCAUUUGGGGUGGUACGAAGGGGGGACUGGAAGACUCCCAGGGGGAAGAAAGUUGAGGUCGCUGUGAAAUGUUUACGGAGCGAGAUGGUCAACCAACCUGGAUUUUUUGAAGACUUUGUCAAAGAAGUGAACACCAUGCACCUCCUGGAUCACCCUCAUCUCGUCCGUCUCUACGGGGUUGUCCUCUCCACCCCUCUCAAAAUGGUGACAGAGUUAGCCCCACUUGGUGCGUUGGUAGACAGAUUACGUGAGGAGCCCUCUAAAUUCCUCAUCACCACCCUCAGUGACUUUGCGCUACAAAUAGCAUCCGGGAUGAGUUUCUUAGAGUACAAGAGGUUCAUACACAGAGAUCUAGCAGCUAGGAAUAUACUAUUAGCUUCUAUGCAAAAGGUGAAGAUAGGUGACUUUGGACUUAUGAGGGCGCUCCCAUCAGCGACCAACUAUUACAUCAUGACAGAACACAACCAAGUACCUUAUGCAUGGUGUGCACCAGAAAGUUUAAAAACAAAGCAGUUCUCCCACGCGAGUGAUAUGUGGAUGUAUGGUGUUACGUUAUGGGAGAUGUUCAGCUUUGGAGAAGAGCCCUGGCUUGGAUACAAUGGCGCUCAGAUUCUUCAGAAGAUCGGGAAGGAUGGCGAGCGGUUACCUCGUCCAGACCACUGCCCACCGGGCAUCUACCGACUAAUGGAAGCAUGCUGGCAAGCUAGUCCCGAAGACAGGCCCAUGUUCUCAUCGGUUAAAGAUCAACUUGCCAAGAUGAAGCCGUUAGAAAUGAGGAUCACCCAGGAUCUCCAGCUUGACGAACCAGACAAACUAGAAUGCGAGGAAGGACAGAUCAUCACUAUCAUAGAUGGCAAACCGGAGGAGAAUUGGUGGCUCGGGCAGAACAUCCACACGCACAAGAUCGGGCGUGUCCCUCGCAAGCUCCUGGCCCCCAUGUCCGGCGGGAUCACUGGUGAAGACAUCAGCAAGCCAAUCAAAUACAGCUUCAUACACACCGGUCAUGGAGGAGUGGACGGCAACACGUGGGGACACCCGCACAAGAUUGAUGAGACAUACUUGAUGCCUAUGACAUCGCUUGAUGAAUGGGAUAAUGAGGAUGACGUCUCAAAUUCCAGACCGGCAUUGAUGCUAUCCGAUCGAUUGAAACGUAACAGCAAAGAAAAUCAACAGAAGAAAGACGUGGAAAACUCAUCUCGUUCAUCAUCCCUGAAGCGACAGCUACGUGGUAAAUCAGCCAACCGGAACUCCGCUUCCUUGGAAAGCGAGGAUGAGGACACGCAUAUCAAGACGGGAAGUUCGGUCUUCUACGUCCAAGGAACAUCACAGCAGACUGAAAGGGAGACCGGACAGUCACAAACUGGUAUUUUGAUUGACUUUGCUGAGAACUCCUUUGCCAGUACGGACAGCAGCAUCGAUUCAGGAUCCUCUUUCGACUCUCCGUUUGUACUCGACAGGACGUUGAGUCCAGAAGCGACUUCGAAGGCUACGUCGUUACCGAGACUCAACGGCGGUUUGCCUCUGUAUGAUGAUGUUCCGAAUGAAGCGGGUGAUGCGAACACUGUCAACAGCACAAAACCAAAUGUGGACUUGUCGGGAAAGGGUCCGCCCUUGGCUCACUCGUACUAUGGUAAUCAGCAGACCAUAGCAGAUGCAGCUGCGGCGGAAGAGAAAGCAAAGCCAACUCCUAGUGUAGAUUCAGCGAUGUAUGCAUCUGUUAAUAAAGUGAAGCCACCAGGGUCAGAUUCCACAAAGACUAAAAGCAGAGCCAAUCCAUUUGCAUCCAAAAACAAGCCACCGUCUUAUGACCCAGCUGUGAAUACUGCAACCUCUAAUAAUCAUGUUAGCAGUAAUAUAGAAAGUGCUAAAGUGCCACAAGCAACAAGAUAUUAUGACGAUGUGCCAAACGAAUCAAAUCUUUCCAGCGACAUGUUACCAAAGAGCACGUCUGCUAAAGGGGGUUGGGUUAAUUUUUACGAUGACGUGCCGACAGAGAGUGAUCUAGCAGAGUUAGAAUCAAAUACAGGACCCUUGCCAUUGAGAACAUAUGAUGAAGUACCUGUAGAGGAGCCUCUGAAGCCAAGAACUGUACCUGGGAAUGUUCAGAGUGUUUCAGCAAGACAUGCAGAACUUGCUGCACCUGCUCAUGUUCGACCCCAAAACAGUAUGCCUCAGGUUGUGCCAAGUGUAACAUCAAGAAUGUACAGUGAAGUUCCUGUGGAGGACACUCCUCCGUCAAAACCUGUACCCACAAACUCGCAUGCAUUUUCCAGUAAAUAUGCUCCAUUUUCUGCACCUGCACCAACCCUUCAACCACAAAAGAGUGUACCUGUUGCAGCCUCAGGUAACACCUCUAGCUUCUUAACCCGCCCUAUGGAGCCAAAGAAGACACCCUUGUCAUCAUCACCUAGCUUAGAUUGCUUUGAUCCUCUAAAACAGGUGUCUGUCACAGUUGAGCAAAAGCCUGAGAAAGUGUCUUCUCAGAAAUUGGAUACCACAGCCUCUGCUCGCAGAAACCAACCAGGGAUUAUGAUCCCACCUCCUCGAUCAAAGAAAGCCACCAGUAGACGAACUAAUAACUUGGCAAAUCAAGACAAUAUGUCUAGUAGCGCUGCAAAGGAAAUUGCUAAGAAAGUAGAUGGCAGCAGUGCAGACAAAUAUGCUGCCAUUCAGAGUACAUCAUCCGUCAAUCAGACCCACUACUCGGUGCAUGAUAGGGCAAAACUACUCGAAAACAGGCCUCACAUAGCACCAAAACCAGGGAUGAAGGGUGAUUUGCAGGAUGAAAACUUUUUGACAAUGUGCUUUCCCCGUAAGACACCAGGAUCUGAGAGUGAAGGCUCUCAGUAUUCACUCCCGACUUCUUCCAAUGACAUUCCCUUUGGCUUAGGAAAACGAGCGCACAAUGCCCAAGACGGGAGUCGAAAAGUGGUGCCACCUCUACCUCCUCGUAAAGCACUUGGAGAAGAAGUGCCACCAGCUUUUGAAUCCCACCAACCGAGUCAAUCUCCAGGAGGAUCAGUAAUUCUGCCCAUCAUGAAAGAUGGUGUCCAGGUCAGUCAUACCCAUUACUAUCUGUUACCUGCAGUAGCGUCCUCAACUGAACCUCUCAAUGUAUCGGCAAAGUCUUUGACGAGUGCACCUACGACAGGCAGCAGGACAGAACCACUUGGGUACUUGUCUCAUAUGAAACCACAGGGUAAACACCCUACACAAGUAUCAAACCCAGAUUACUUCAUCAAGGGAGCGAAUCCUGGUGGACAUCGUGGUGUGCAGGAUGGGAGCUACUUCAGUAAAAGUGGUCCAGGAGCUGGUGCCAAGAACAGGGAUCUUCUUCAAACCUUUGAUCUUUCAAACUUGAAACCUAUCCUACCACAGGAUACCACCUCCACUUCCAAACCUUCACAUAUGACGAUGCCUUCAACAAUGCCAUCGUAUUAUCGGUCGACUCCAUCAAGUUCGGCUUCGUCAUCACCAUCCCAUCAAGCUGCAUCCACAACUCAUGGUUACUGUAUCCAUGGCAACAAGUUAGGCAGCAACCGACCUGUCUCUGACCUGGACCUCAUGGCUUCUGAAACACCCAGUUCAGCCGCUGAGAAGGUCAAGCAGGUCCAGAAAGAGGUCCAUGGGGUGACCUCCGACGAGUGCAGGAAUGCCCUGAUAGGUGUCCAAUGGGAUGUCACCAAGGCGAUCCGAGAUCUCAAGACGGAACAAUUGUUCCAGCUUGGCAGUGCUUCCAAAGAACAUUGUGAGAACUUGUUGAAAUCGCUUGAGUGGAACCUUGAACUGGCCAGCUCUAUUCUCUUAGAGCAGUCUACACGGUGAACUGAGAAUCCUUUAAGGAAAUGAGUCUAAUGUAAAUUCUAUAAAACUAUUUCAAAAUUGAUAUUUUUACAACUCUUAAUGAAUUUUCAAUGAAUAUUUUGUUUUAAUUUCACCAAACGAUAUAACAAUGUGUAAUUGAUGACAUGUAAGGCAUGCUAGAAAGAGAAAUUUUCUAGACUUUAUAUUCCAAAGAAAUGCUUUCUAGUUACCUUACUGACGGCAAAGAUUCUUUUUCAUUAAGAUUCAAUCACUUUAAUGUCUUUCAGUGGAAUGAAUAAUGUGAUUAUUCCCGUUAAUGAUAUAACAGAUUGUUAGAAGGAGGCUGAAUACAAUUAAUAGACAGUGAAUCACUUGGGUUGCAGUCUAAAAUCCUGUUUCUAAAUUCAAAUAUCAAUUUAAUGGAAUAUGCCACUCUCCACACAGGUGUUACAUGUGCAUUAGCCAAUAGAAGUGAGUUCAUUCUUGCAAAAACGUUAGCUUUUCACUGCACUAAAAUAUUAUCUUGAACUCGACAAUAAAAUAGGAAUAGAGAAGAAAUGACAUAACAUGUCCAUGUAGCAUUUCGUUCCUUAGGAUGCUGCACACAAAAUCAUGAUAUUUAAUCAGUUCAUGUAUAUCUAUGACAGGAUCUACUUGCUUCUUUUGGAUGCCGUAUACUGUUAAAUUGAUGAAAUAAAUUCUAUUAUAUCUGUAA